UUUAUGAGAAGAAGAUUCUUGUGGUUUUAGAUGAUGUUGAUAAGGUAGACCAAGUUGAUGCGCUGGUUGGUGAAAGAAGUUGGUAUAGUGAAGGAAGUCUUAUAGUCAUCACUACAAGAGAUGAAGAUAUUCUGAGUAAGGUCUUAGUGAAGCAAAAGUAUGAAGUCAGGUGCUUGAAUAAGGGGCAGGCCUUGAAGCUGUUUAGUUAUCAUUCACUGAGGAAAGAAAAACCAACAGAGAGUUUACUAGAGCUGUCCAAGAAGAUUGUCAAGAUAUCAGGACUAUUACCACUAGCACUUGAAGUGUUUGGAUCUCUUUUGUAUGACAAGAAGGAGGCAAAAGAAUGGCAAAAUCAGCUAGAGAAGCUCAAAAACACUCAACCAGGCAAUCUUCAGGAUGUUCUGAAGCUGAGUUUUGAUUCUUUAGACGAUGAAGAGAAGAAUGUGUUCCUGGAUAUUGCUUGUCUCUUUCUUAAAAUGCAGAUAACGAAAGAAGAAAUCGUCGACGUACUGAAUGGUUGUGGGUUUAACGCCGAGGCUGCUCUCAGUGUCCUCAGACAGAAGUCUCUUGUUAAGUUCUUGUCAGACGAGAAUCUUUGGAUGCAUGAUCAGAUUCGAGACAUGGGAAGGCAGUUAGACCUUAAAGAAACCCCUGGGGAUGCUAGAAUGCGGAGUAGACUCUGGGACCGUGCUGAAAUCAUGACUGUAUUGAACAAUAUGAAGGGAACAUCAUCCAUCCAAGGAAUUGUACUUGACUUUAAAAAGAAGUUAGCAACGGAUCCAAGUGCAGAGAACAUUGCGUUGGGGAAUCUACAUGACAAUCCAGGCAUCAGAGCUGUGUUUAGUUACCUGAAGAAUAAGUUUAUAGGAUUUCCAGCAGAGGAAAAGCCAAAAAGCUCUGAGAUCACCAUUCCUGUAGAGCCUUUUGUACCAAUGACAAAGUUGAGACUCCUUCAGAUUAAUCAUGUGGAGCUGGCAGGGAAUCUUGAACGUCUUCCAUCUGAACUCAAGUGGAUACAGUGGAGAGGCUGUCCAUUAAAGGAGGUACCACUGAAUCUUCUUGCUCGGCAACUUGCUGUUCUUGAUCUUGCAGAGAGUGCAAUAAGACGCAUCCAGAGUUU